AUGGCCAUCCUCUUCUUAAAAGUAUUUAUGCAACGAUUUCUCGAUGGGGAGGAUUUGGCCGGCUGUGAGAGUAUUCGUAAUCCAGUCCCAGCUGUUGGCCGAAUGAUUGCGCUCACCAGCCUGUCACUAGAGCAUCUCGCCGCUUCUUUUAUUAUAGAUGCUAGUCAUUUCUUCGCCAUUGACCCCUCUUGGGAGUGGCCUAACCUAACCUCGCUGGUAUUGACUUGCCGACUCCUGAAGCUAGAAGAUGAUUCCACCAAGAUCGACGCUCUACUACAGGCUGCAGCAGCGGCAGCCCUGAAGAUGCCACGGCUAGAAACCAUGGAGAUCUGGAACGGACGGAAAGGAUUGGCAGCGCUCUUCCAGUAUCGCAUGAUCCGCGGUUCACGGCAAGCCAGGAUCCUUUGGAGGGGAACAUGGAAACAUCCUAUAAGACCAUCUGUCCUUCAGGCUUGGGAAGCCGUCGGAAAUCUCCAUGCCAUUUGGAGACUCGAUGUGGUACAGGAACAGGUGGAUAAAGCAGCCAUCCAGUCACAUGGCGAUGCCUUGCACCACCUAAUGCUCUCUGGCCAAGCCAUUCGGUCUGUCUCGUUGCAGCAAAUCCAGAGAGAACAAAAGUUUCUAGAGGGCGUGGAAGUUGUGUCAUGA